AGCUUUAGGCGCCGUGAGAAGUAGUAGUGUGCCACGAGGAGAAUGUGAAUCUCUGCCUGUCAACACUUGGAAUAGAAUAUUUGAUUGUUUUAUCGUUAACAUAAUAGAGUUCAGCGAUGCCGGCGAGAGCGGCGAUGACGGUGAGCGAGACCACAGAGCCUCUGACGGGGCAGGCGGGGGGCGGGGGCUCAGGAGACGAUCGCGUCAAACUUAAAAAAGAACUCGGUCUCGUCGAGGGCGUGGCUAUCAUCAUCGGGAUCAUCGUGGGUUCAGGCAUCUUCGUAUCGCCGAAGGGCGUGCUGGCGACGACGGGCAGCGUAGGCAUGUCGCUGAUCGUGUGGGUUGUGUGCGGGCUGUUGUCCAUGGUGGGCGCCCUUUGUUAUGCCGAGCUCGGCACCUCCAUCCCCAAGUCCGGGGGGGACUAUGCCUACAUCAAUGAGGGAUUCGGCUCGCUUCCCGCAUUCCUCUUUCUGUGGGACGCCAAUCUUAUUUUCGUGCCUACGACAAACGCAAUUAUGGCGCUGACGUUCGCUAACUACGUGCUGCAGCCUUUCUUCCCAGGAUGUGAAAUGCCGGAUAACGCGAUCAGACUCAUCGCUGCUCUCGCUAUAUGUUUGCUAACGUUCAUCAAUUCGUGGAACGUGCGCAUCACCACGAAACUGCAGGACGUUUUCAUGGUCACUAAAAUCGCAGCUUUGCUCAUGAUCAUCGUGGCUGGCAUGAUUCACCUGGGAAAAGGCCACACGGAGAACUUUCAAGACGCGUUUAAAGGCACCACGACAGACCCCGGUCAGGUGGCGGUCUCGUUCUACAACGGCAUCUACUCCUACGCCGGCUGGAACUACCUUAACUUUAUGACCGAGGAACUUAAGAGUCCUUACAAAAAUUUGCCGCGGGCCAUCUACUUCUCGCUGCCGCUGGUGACGGUGAUCUACGUGCUGGCCAAUGUAGCCUACCUCGCCGUCCUCAGCCCCACGGAGAUGCUCUCCUCCGACGCCAUCGCUGUGACGUUCGCAAACGAGCUUUUCUCGCACGGCGCAUGGCUCAUGCCGCUGUUCGUGGCGCUGUCUGCGCUGGGCGGGCUCUCCGUGCACAUCAUGACGUCUUCUCGGUUAUGUUUUGUUGGCGCAAGACAAGGCCACUUCCCAGACUUUUUGGCGCUCAUCAACUACCCUUGCCAUACUCCGGCCACGUCUCUUAUAUUCCUGGGCCUGCUGUCGCUAGCCUACCUGUCGACGACCAACAUCUACACACUCAUUGAGUACGCGAGCUUCGUCGAGAGUAUGUUUAUAUUGACGAGCAUCGCCAGCCUACUCUACAUGCGCUGGAAAAAGCCCGACAUGGAGAGACCUAUCAAGAUAAACCUGGUGAUCCCGAUCGUGUUCCUGCUGGUGUGCGGGUUCCUUGUUUUCCUGCCGAUCUACGUGCGGCCGUGGGAGGUGGGCAUGGGGCUCUUCAUCACCGCGACGGGAGUGCCCGCGUACCUCGUCGGCGUGCGGUGGAAAAACAAACCUGCGGCCUUCACGCGCUUCAGUGAAAAAUUGACGCGUGGCAUUCAAAUCCUGACGUUGUCAGUGAAAGAAGACAAGAUACUCUAGAGUUCUACCUCCGUGACUGGAAAAAGAGAGCGUGAAGGUGCGUGUGUACGGGGCAGCUGUGGGCGCCACAAGAUCUAGCGAGCAGUAAGCUCAUUAGUUUCAUCGUUUGAAAAACUAACUGUCGCCCGUUCAAGUGAUAAUGAAUAUUUAUCUGAAUUUAGUAUUCUCGUCUAUAGCAAUAUUUUAUCGAAAUUUAGUACGUUUUUAUUUAUUUCAAUCACAAUUUUACUUGACGUUGAACAAGUUUGUAUAAGGUUCAUUUCUAAAUUUGAAACUUCUUUGAUAUCUAUCAAUUUAUAUUGCAACGAGUAAGACUCGUUUAUAAGUAUUUACUCGUUAGACUCGUUCUAAGUGUUGUUAUCCACUAAUGAUUGAUUGGCGAUCUUCACGAAUGAAUCGUGAAAUUGGGGUAUCUGGUAUGCGAAUAAAUAAAGCUAAAGACUGAAAUUAAUACCUAACCUGUCUUUUUGUAGACCUAAAGACACUCAGUAUGCUGAAAGGCAUAAAGGGUUUCGUAUUAUAGCUUUGUGGCCGGUAAACUGGUGACAGUCACUUGCUGCCGCAAAUUGCCCCCGAGUACACGCACCUUAACUUAGUUGGCCUUCAUGAAAAGGCACUGGACGAAAGUUUGUGCUGUGCUGGUCACUGUGUUCUGGUCAACGUGACAUCUCAAGAGAUGCGGGUAUAACUAGAAUCUACGCGUUUUGAUUACAUUUUUUAUAUCUCUGGAGACGAGCUCACUGGUUACAUUGCCUUUACACCUUGCCUUAAAUGGUGACGUGAAGCGCCUUGCCUGUACGUGACUAUUUCGCUGCUAUUAUUAGUUUAUCAAUCAUUCGUGACGCGAAAUCUAGGAGUUUUAAUUAUAUUUUUCGUGAUAUUUUAUGCUACUUAUUUUGAACAUUGAACGACCAUUCAUUAUGGCUGAUUUAAUAUCAGUAUUUACUGAAGCCAAUUUUAAAUUCACCUUAAAUUCAUUUUCUCCAAAAGUUAUCGGAUACAUCGCGAAGAAUAUUUUCUCAUAAAUUCCGAUUUCAUUUACCUCUUCAUGUACUGCUAAUAUAUUCAAAUUGUAAAAAACUUCACGUGAAAAGCUGCACAUUUUUUAUUCGAUGCCGUUUUGUCUUGAUGAAAUGACUUUUUUUUAAAUUUGAAUUUAUUUACAGACACGAGCAGUUCACGUCAUCAAUAGAAACUCCUAGCGCUUUUGCUUUUUCGUUAAACUGCAGUAUGAAUGUUGCUCGUUAUAUUUUUAUCGUAUCUUAUUUAUAUAGAAAUCUUUCGAAAUCAUAAGAGCUUCUUAGAUGGGGCUCAAUUAUUUUAGAUUUUAUACUUUUUUAUGACCCAUGCUUCGCUCAGAUGCAAGCGAAAAAUUCCUGAAGUAGCAAUUCAUAAAAACAGAGAACUUAGAACUUGUAUCCAACUGCUUCUGCCCGAUAAAUUGAAAUGGAUUUAUACCUUUAUAAAUUACCUCCAUUUCUCUAUAACUUUAUUAAUUUAUUGUACCGGCUUAAAUCGUUCGGUAUUGACAUGCAGGUACAUUUACGUUUCAAAUUUGAGCCUUAAUAAGCCGUUGCACCAUGUACAUCACGUAGGGACUUUAUUACAUUCAGAUUAUCCUGCCGUUGGACUCGAUAGAUUGUAAAGAACUGUGGCCGCAGUUUCGUGUGAUGUGAUCAUAAGUUUACCAAUGGUUGUGGAUCCAGACCAGACUUCAGAAAAUGACAGCAGGUCUAGUUUAAGAUUUCAAUUAUAUGCUACUCAAUGUACGAUGUCACAAUCCUACUCGAGCAUCGGUUUGAACAAUGUCCAGUUAGUGCCUGUGUCUUGUACCAUCAAUUGUUCUGCAGUCUUGUUUGUUACUUUAGCCUAGCUUCGUCAUUACGGUUUAGAAAACAACUUUGAUUUAUUAUUUAAAUUGUGACCUUUUUUCGGACGAGUUAGGUAAUUUGAUUCCUUGUUAUUAUGUUAUGUCCAUUGCAAUGAUGAUGUUGCGCUCUCCUUGCUUAGAUCCACUUUUCUUGUUCAGUAUGAACCUCAGUUAAAUGAUGUUAUUCUUGGAUGAACUUCAUAAGACGACACUUUCUCAAUAAUUGAAUAGUAAAUAGCUUUUAUUAGCGGGCUGAAAUUAAAAAAAAACUUGAAAUAAGCGUAGCCCGUCGAAACAUAAUGACGUACUGAAUCGUUAGCUCUGAUCUUUGCAAGGUGCUCAUGAAACACUCGGCAAAAUGGACCUACUUUCUUUAGUCGCAGCAAACUAAUAAAUGCUUGAGAACAUAUUGAUACUUGAACUCAGAGAUCUUGAGAUGCUCACUGUCAACGUGUAAAAUGCCUAUUGGCUCUUCUUCUGUGCUUCCUUUCACGAUGUAUGCUAGACAGUAAUGACUUGACUGAUGUUUUGCAUCUUGUUUCUAAUUAAUCUUCGAUUGCUUUGCGCUUUAAAUAUUGAAUUGAUUAAUGUCUGUAUUCGUCGUAAUCAAGUAUCGCAGCUUCCCACAUUUUCUUAGUGUUCAUCUUUGCGUGGUUUUAAGUAAAGACGGGAUGGUUUUAUUUAGAUAGAAAAUAAUCUAUCUUGUAGUAGGUUGUUAUAAAAUUGUUCGAUCUUUCUUUCAAUACUAUUUUGAGAAACUGGAGCUUUGGAACGUGCGUUUCGUUAUUCUAGUUUAAGGAAAAGUGUAUGUGAUAUGGAUUCCUAUUUUUAAUUUGCUCACUGCUGGUUAACUUUUAAUCUCCUUAUUUUUAAUUAUGUUUAGAUAUUUCUUAAGUAGUAAGAGAUAAAAUUGAGUUGAUCUGUUUGGGUUGAGCAACGAAACGAAGUAAAUCAUUAGUUUGUUUCUAGUCUUGACUAUUCCAUUUUGGAUUUUCUCAUUGAAAAUAGCAACUUUUAGGUUCAAAUUUAUUAAUUAUUAGGUAAAGGUUACGAAUAAAAAUCGGGUGCCUCAGUCUUCACGAUUGACAUUUGUAACUCAACUGUAAUAUAAAGUAACAGAUUCUCGAACGUGAGCGUAAAGAGGGUAACUUGUUGCAGACACUACAUCUGGUGUCAUUUCUGGCCUCAUGCCUGAGCUAACUUGCCGGUAGUAGAGGCGGCACUUAUGGCUGCCACAAGUUGCUCCGUGUGUUAUCCUUAUUGCGAGUUUUUAAUCAUGAUUAGAAUAAGCUGGCGUUAGUGGUUCUCUAUAGCAGAACGUGUUCAUCAGGUUCCUUGUACAGUUAAUAACAUAGUCAACAUUUGUCGUGUGAGGCCUCUGGUUGCAGACCGUCAUUUUACAGCGGUUUGUGACACUACUUUUAUAAACAAAUGAUGUUGUCUCGUAUGCCUGCUGUUAACUUUAAAUUUGAUAUAUACGAA